AGCCUUCAAGGCACAUUUACAAUAUUGCAAAUGUUGCAUUAAUUCGCACACAAGUAUAUUUUCACUAAAAAUUACUAUCAAAAUAAAUAAAUAGAAUGCAAAGAAAGAAAGAGAAAAAAGUUACUUGUUUUAUUCGCAAUGAUUGAUGUCAAUUAAUAAUUCCACUCUGGCUUGAAUUGCAAACAGGUGUGUUUCUCAAAUUGGAAAGCAAUUUUAUAAAUGGAUUGAAAAAAAAACAAACAAAAAAAUGAAAAUGAAAUGCACAUAUUGUCAAAAUCAAAAAUUGUGUUAAUUAAAUUACUUGGAUUUGAAAAAGCAUGCCAAUUUGGACAAGUUUAAUCAGGCUUCUAAGAAGGCGAAUUGUGCUUGGCCUGAUUUUUGGUUUAUCACUUACUUAUUGCGCUGUUUCUCUUCUUCGUCAAGAAGGAAAGAGUAUAUCAUUCGAAAAUGAUUUUGAAGAUAUUGAUGAUAAUACAUUCCUUAAUGAAAAUGAGGACAAUAGCGAUGAACAAGUUUCAAUGAAAUCAUCACUUUGGGAAAUGGAUGUUUUAGAUGAUAAUAUUGUUGAUUCAUUGGAACCAAUUGGUGGUCAAGAAAAUAAUAAUGAUUCAUCUAUUCAUUGUCGCAAUUCUAUUCAGGGGAAAGUUUUAAUUGUUGAUGAAAAGGGUUACGUUUGUUUACGAAGAGAUAUUUUGGCUAGUGGCUGUUGCAAUCCAGAAUUACCAAAGAAUUCACAGGAUGAUCAAUUAGCGAUUUCAAAAAAAAGGGAAAAAUUCAGUUGCGAGACAUGCAAUUCACAGGGAUGUUGCGCUAUUUACGAAUAUUGCGUUUCCUGUUGUCUACAUCCUGGAAAACAUCGUGUAAAGAGUAAAAAAUCAUCUGAUAAUCGUGAAAUAAAAGCACAGAGAGGCGAGGAUGUAUUAAAAAAUCGUCUUCGUGGAUUAGAUCGUUUUCAAUUUUGUCUUGCUGCAUGUCGUACAUCAAGCGCAAGUGUUCGCCAUGAAAAUACUUAUAAAAAUCCACAUUCUAAACAUUGUUAUAAUCCAUAUACUUUAAAUUCACAUCGUCGUUCACAAAGAGAUUUGGAGUCGAUUAAUAGUAAUAAUAACAACGUUUUUACAUCUUCUUCUGACUAAAAAAAAAAUUUUACCUAAAUAUAUAUUGAA